AUGUCUUCAAGGUUCGGCGGCUCGAAUCUACAUCAGCGCGACUCCCGCAGCGCGCUCUUUGAAGGCUACAAGGGCGGCGCCGACAGCACACGGAGGCAGUACAGCGCAAGCCCGGCCUCGGUCGGCGGCGGCUACGGCUAUGGAGGCGGAUACCCGGGCAGCAAUGGCAGCGGUGGGCAGCUAGGCGUCCCAGACAGCAACAAAGGCUUUCGGCCAGCGACACCAAACUCGAGAGGCCAAUACGAUACAGCGACGCUCGACGAGCUCGAGAGCCAAAACGAUCAAGAGGUUACCGGCAUCAUGAACAAGGUCAAGAUGCUCAAGACGCUGUCCGUGGCCAUGGGCGACGAGAUCCGCGAUUCCUCGGCCAUGAUGGACAAGAUGAACGACACGUUUGACAACACGCGGCUGCGGCUGCGCGGCACCAUGAACCGCAUGAUGGUCAUGGCUGAGCGAACUGGCGUCGGCUGGAAGGUCUGGCUGGGCUUCUUUGCCGCCGUAAUCUUGAUCUUCAUGUACGUCUGGCUGUUCUAA